AUUUACCCCAGUCGAUUCUCCUCAAUUCGACCAUCACAAAACCGAACAAACCACAGCCUCUUGGCAACAACAUCACACAGUCUAGUACCACCUACCUACAACACACCCAACAUGGCUACAGCCACCGCAGCAGCCAACGCCACCGGCCCUCAAGCACUCAAGGACCCAAUCGUGUCCAUCAAACCAACAAGCGCCACUCGCCCGCCCACAACCCGCACAACAUACACCCUCAACACGGGCGCCAAAAUCCCCGCUCUCGGAAUUGGCACUUUCCAAGACCCCGACUCUCAGGAAGACACUGUCUGCCAAGUCCUGCAACAUGGUAUGCGGCUUAUUGACACAGCGCGUGUCUACGGCGUAGAGAAGCAAGUCGGCAGAGGAAUCAAGAAAAGCGGCGUCCCGCGCGAGGAGAUCUUCCUUGGCACUAAGCUCUGGUGCAACGAUUUCCAUCCCGAUGAUGUCGAGCGCGCGGUGGAUGAUUCUUUGCGGGAUUUGGAUACACUCUAUGUUGAUCUGCUGUUGAUGCAUUACCCGUGCACUUUUAAGCGGGGUGAAGAUCGGUUCCCUCGUGAUGCGGAGGGGAGAAUGAUUCAUGGGGAGACUACGUUUGUGGAUACGUGGAGAGCCUUGGAGAAGGUGGUCGAGACGGGAAAGGUGAAGGCCAUUGGGGUAUCGAAUUUUAGUAAGGGUGAGAUUGAGACGUUGCUUAGGGAGACUUCUACUGUCCCCGCCGUGCACCAGAUGGAAGUCCAUCCCUACCUCCAGCAGAAAGGCUUCAACGAAUGGCUUCGCGAAAAGGGCAUCCACGUCGUUCAGUUCAGUCCUCUAGGUAACAUGAACGACUUCUACCGUCAGGCAGGAUGGUCGAAGGAAAUCGCGCACAUGAUGCGGGUUAUUGAUCAGCCCAUUCUCAAAGCAAUCGGUCAGAAGUAUGGCAAGAGUCCUGUGCAGGUUGUUCUUGCGUGGGGAAUCAACAGUGGCCGUUCGGUCAUCCCAAAAACUGUGAUCGAUUGGCAGAUCGAGGAGAAUUUGGCAGCUGACUUCGAGCUCGAUGCGGAGGAUAUGGCUCAGAUUGCUACUCUGGAUGCGAAGGCGCGGUUCAAUGACCCGAGUUUUGAUUAUGAGUGGCGAUUGUAUAGUGAUUUGGAAGGGAUCGAUGGUACUGUCAAGGGGAGGACGCACUAGGAGCUAGUAGUACGGGGUAUCAUAUCACUUUUCCUGAGAGAGCUUAUUGAUUUUAGUAGCAUGAUUUGCGCGAAUUUUGAAUGGAAUGAAAUGAAUAUGUGAUUGCUUAUGAAACAUGGGGCAUCCGACUGAAGCUGCAAGAUUCCUUUGCUUUGUCUACAUGAAACAAAAGCGCUUCACAUGGUUAUGAUAUGUCUGAAUAGUUGCACGCGACACCGCAAUAAAAGACCUCGUUUCGCGCGCAAGGUAGAGCGUUUGACGGUUUCAUCCACUCGGUAGUCUAUGAAAACAAACAAAUG